CGUGGGACCCACUGAGUCCUGCGCAUUUCCCCCAGCGUCCCCCCUGCAGGAAACCUUUGAUUGCCCCCCUUCAUCAGUUCCAUCCUUCACUGCUACACUACAGAUACCAUUGCUUGUGUCAGACUUGGGUAGAGAUCUCUUUGCCUGUUGGGAAGCUCAAAAGAUUAUCUUUCGUUCUUGCUUCCCUGUUUGUGGUACCACCUGCUUCCUCAUCGGUUAACGUGUUUUUGGUGUUUGUGAUCCAGUGCUCUUAGAUUGGAGUUUGAUCUUGCUGCUGCGCCCUUAGAAGGUUUAUCAACUAGGACCCAGUCUUAUUUUGUGCAAAGACUUGAUCUCAUUCUCCAUGGCAGCCCUCCAUUGAUCACUUAAACCGUGCACUUUAUCAAGAAUUUUGAUCUUCUCCUUAGAGGUCAAAGAACUUGCAAGUUCCUUUCACCCUUAAGAGCUUCUUGUAGAUCCUAAUGAACUGGAAUAUGGUCUGGCUGAAGAUGCUUAAUAUUUAAGUUAUUGAAACUUGACAGCAUCAUGCUGUGCACUUCCACUGCUAAGGACUUUUUUACCCAGCUCAGAUGGUUGCAGACUUGCUGGCCCUAUGGUUCCAAAGAUGGUCACUUGCCAGGGAAAGCCUUUUGAUAUUGGUGGUUUGAACUAUGACUGUUCAGUGAGCAGAAGAUUUUAAAAGAGCAGUACUGCCAGGCUGACAAUCAUUAUAUUCUAUUUUGGGGAACUCGUUACUCAUUAUGGGCAGUCAUUGAAGACCCCCUUGGGGAUACAUUCAUUCAACUGAACAUGGACCAGAAAAAUUUCAAAGUGAGUGUAAUGACAAGUAAUGUGAGGCACCUCCAUGAUCAGCAAAAGCUAGAAACUUUUGGGAAUUUGAAGAACUCAUUUGAUUGUUAUGGAAAAUAUUCUCAUGGGAACACUGAAAUUGAGAAGCAAGAGCAUGAAUCUGACCCUGAAAUUAACAGUUACGAAGCUGUUAGUUUGACCGAAAUGGAAAUUAAGUGCCUAAAUUAUGAUUAUGUCUCUUCCAGUGAUUGUAUCACCACAGAUGCAAACAAUUCAAAGCAACUAUGUUCUGCAGUUUCAACUUCAAGAAGUUCAACAGUUGGGGUUGGAAUAUAUAAAAAAGGUGGUGCUGAAGGACCUUCUGGUGAAAUGGUUUGUAAUAAAGUAGUUCCAUCUUCAACUUGUCAGAAUAGGUUUGCUGGAAAUGAGUGCUCAAAUGAUGGUGAGACAUCUGCCCAUUUUAUUGGAGGGAUCGAUUCUGUGCAGCAGAUUUGCAUAAAUAGUGGCAUUAAGUUAGAGACUGGCCAGCCUCUUAAAAAAAAGGAAGUCAAUGAGUUGGAUCUAGGGAGAAGAAAAGGAAAUUUGCUAAAUGCUGAUGAGGAUGUUUUAAAGUCCAUUGUGCAGGCAACCUUUCAUGAUAAGCAACUUAAAACGGAGUCAUCCUCUUCUAACUCAUCGCAUGUCUUUCUUCCAGCUUCUUCAAAUGACAGCUGUCAGGAACCAUCACUGGAUGUGAAGUCCUGUAAGCACAGCAAAAGUAGUGGCAUGAACAGUUUCUGUACUCCCUUUAAGUGUAGCUUGGAAGAGUCAGCAGGUAAAACAAUGGUAUUGGGUACCAAAGCACAAGUUGCUUCCAGAGAAGUGCUGGAUUCUUCUAUAUUUCUGCCUAGGAAACAAGGAAAUGUGGGUAAAGCUUCAGAAACUGUUGGUAAUGUCAGUGAGAGAGGUGGUGAAAGGGUUCUGGGAAUGAUUGCAGACCUGAUGGUACAGAGGAUUGAUGUUCCUAACUCCAGUCUGCUGAAAACGACAAAUGAAGAACUUGCAAGUCAAGGUAAACUAGAGCUUCCCUGUGAGGUGGAUGAUGGAUUGGAGGUGGCUUCAGGAGUUGCAAGAGAAACGGAGCCAGAGGUUAGUAUAUAUAGGGAGGCCUCAGGAAGCUCGUUUUCAACAGAAGAGAAAACUGGUGAUAUAGUUAAUCUGAAUUCCAUUGACUCUUCAUAUCCAGAUAAAAAUGAUAGCCUGAUAGAAACUGAACCUAGAAGCAAGUCAUAUAAUGUUCAAAUUAAGUCUGAAAACUUAUAUUCCACCAAGGUGAUGGGGGAAGAUCCGAAAUUGUCAAUGAAAAAUCAGCAGCUGUGCAUAGAGGUGAAAGAGCAAUCGCAAGAUAGGGGUCUUGGAACAUGUCAAGCUAAUGAUGGCCUUUGUGGUCGGGGAUCAUCUCCCUUGACUACACCUAAAGAUGUGGUUGGUGGUGGAUUUGAUCUGAAUGAAGGUAUCCUGGCAGAUGAAGUGGAGUACCCUAAACAGCUGGUGAAUGAAACUUCAUCAUCCUGUCAUGUGGUGAAUGUGUCAGCGCCAAUACCUGUGGUAGCUAAAUCCAGGGUUCCCUUGUGCUUACCCAUGCCUCCAUUGCAGUUUGAAGGACAGCUAUGUUGGAAGGGUUCUGCAGCAACUAGUGCUUUUCGGCCAGCUUCUGUUUCUCAUAGUCCUAAUAAAAGGAAGGCACUUUCCAACAGUGAUGAUAACCAUAGUUCAAGACACUCACAGGGUUUGAAGGGGUUUGACCUCAAUGUUGCAGCUGAAGAGUCUUCCCUGGAAGUUAGUCCAAAACGAGCUGAAAGGCCUAAUCUUGACCUCAAUUGUCUCAGUGAAGAUGAUCACUGUGAAGCUUCUCCACUAGUAUCCUUACCAAGAAACAGUAUCAGGGAUAUUGAUCUGAAUCACAACCAGUGGUUUGAGGAUACAUGCGAAGAUGCUCAAGAUUCAGGUCAAGGUUCUCAACUAUUGAGAGGCAGUGCAAUGGAUCCUGCUGUUUCUUGCACUGGAAAUGUUAGACAACCUGGUGCUAGUGUUGCGAAGCCUGCCCAACCUGCAUAUAGGGCAGACCUGAGUUCUAAGCAGGGCUUUAGUCAUGGUCCUGCUCAAACUUUUCUGGUGGCUGCACCUGGAGUGAUUCCGGGUAUGGAAAACAUGCGGACGCUACUUCCCUCACAUCCCAAUAUGAGCUAUACCCCACUGUCAGCCCAAUCACUAGCUCAUCCUUUCCCUUACAAUAAGGGAUUCUACUUUGACCCCACCAAUCCCCUCGCCACUAUAUGCCAUACGGGUGUUGUACCAUGCAUGACAGACCCACAUGGGACUGCUGUCAUCCCUCAUGCGUUAGUUUCCAGCACUCCCCCGGCCUUCCAAUGGCCCCGCAUCUUGUGAAUGUUGCGGGUGGGCCAGGCCCCUGUGAUGUUGCCAUCAUAAGGCACAGUCUAGAUCUAAACGGUGGGGUAGGUUCAGAAAAUGGAGGCAGAGGAGGAAAUGCUGCACAGCUUUUCGUACCUGUCGGUAAUUCAUUGGUGCAGGAGCAAAUGAAGUCUUUCCAACAAUUUGCUUUGCCUGCCACACCCAUAAAGAGGAGGGAGCCUGAUGGUGGAUGGGACUGUCACCAGCUUGGCUAUAGACAGGUGACUUAUCAGCAAUAGUUCUCUAUCCUCAUCUGAUCAAAUGCCUUACUCUCGCAAAUAUUUAACAUAGUUGUAGCUUGCAGCAGUAGUUCAAUCUUUUAAUCUAAUCCCGGUGUUUGCUUGGAGCCAACUUCAGCUUCCUCAAACUUCCUGCGACUGCAAUUUACGUCCCGACUAGUCAUGUAAAGUUUCUAUUCUACGGCAGAAGAAUGCGAGCUAAACUUUUAGUUUUUUGCUUGGGUUCCUUGUUUUGGUACUACUUUCAAGUGUCAGUAUGUUGUCAAACCGGUGCAAAUUGCUGCCUCACCCCGCCUUAUGGCUGCUUGGGAUCUGGCUUAUGCCCACAACAAUAUGCUAUUAUAAUUUUGAGUUCUGGAUAGGGCUUUUGGACA